CGCGCCUUCCCUGCUGCGCCCGCCCCGCUUCUCUGCCUCUCAGAAUCCUUCUGCCGUCGAGCUUGCAUCUCGCCGCUCCAGCCUCCGGGGCCACGUUCCAUUCUUCCAGCCCGCGACCAGCCCAGAAAAAAAAAAAAAUCAUUACUAAUAUCUUUUCUUGCUCGAUACAUACCUUGAAGCGAGCAAAAAUUUGUUGCAGUCAACCGUAACCAUGAGGGAAAUCGUGCACAUCCAGGCCGGUCAGUGUGGCAACCAGAUCGGUGCCAAGUUCUGGGAGGUGAUCAGCGAUGAGCACGGCAUCGACCCCACCGGUACCUACCACGGGGACAGCGACUUGCAGCUGGAUCGCAUCUCGGUGUACUACAACGAAGCCACAGGCGGCAAGUAUGUUCCUCGAGCUAUCCUGGUGGAUUUAGAACCUGGGACCAUGGACUCUGUUCGCUCAGGUCCUUUUGGCCAGAUCUUCAGACCAGACAACUUUGUUUUUGGUCAGUCCGGGGCAGGUAACAACUGGGCCAAGGGCCACUACACAGAGGGGGCGGAGCUGGUCGACUCUGUCCUGGAUGUGGUACGGAAGGAGGCCGAGAGCUGUGACUGCCUGCAGGGCUUCCAGCUGACCCACUCGCUGGGUGGAGGCACCCGCUCUGGAAUGGGCACCCUGCUCAUCAGCAAGAUCUGAGUAAAGUACCCCAACUGCAUCAUGAACACCUUCAGCAUGGUGUCCUCACCCAAAGUGUUCGACACCGUGGUUGAGCCCUACAGUGCUACCCUCUCUGUCCAUCAGUUGGUAGAGAACACUGAUGAGACCUACUGCAUUGACAAAGAGGCCCACAAUGACAUCCGCUUCCACACGAAGCUCACCAGGCCCACCUACGGGGACAUGAACCACCUGGUCUCAGCCACCAUGAGUGGCAUCACCACCUUCCUGCGCUUCCCUGACCAGCUCAAUGCUGACCUGGGCAAACUGGCAGUUAACAUGGUGCCCCUCCCACGUCUCCACUUCUUCGUCCCUGGCUUUGCCCUUCUCACCAGCUGUGGAAGCCAGUGGUAUCUGGCCCUCACUGCUGAACUCACCCAGCAGGUCUUCAAUGCCAAGAACAUGAGGGCUGCCUGUGACCCCCACCACGGCAGGUACCUCACUGUGGCCACUAUCUUCCGUGGAUGGAUGUCUAUGAAGAAGGUGAAUGAGCAGAUGCUCAAUGUGCAGAACCAGAACAGCAACUUUGUGGAAUGGAUCUCCAACAACGUCAAGACUGCUGUCUUUGACAUCUUGUCACAUGGCCCCAAGAUGGCUGUCACGUUCAUUGGCAACAGCACUGCCAUCCAGGAGUUCAAGUGCAUCUCUGAGUAGUUCACAGUCAUGUUCUGUUGGAAGUCCUGCCUUCACUGGUGCACAGGUGAGGGUAUGGACAAAAUGGAGUUCACGGAAGCCGAGAGGAACAUGAAUGACCUCGUCUCAGAGUUCCAGCAGUGCCAGAAUACCACCGCAGAAGGGGAAGCUGAUGAUGAUGAUGAAGAGGAGAGGGAGAGAGAGGAGCGGGAGGGGGAGGAGGAGGGGGAGAAGAAAGCGAGAAAGGGGAACCUCAGCUCAAGCCCUUCCCAGCGCUAAUCCGCAGGCACA